AGAUUCAUCAACAGCAUGGAGGGUAUAAACCAAACAGAUGUCCUACAAUUCUUUCUUGUGGGACUAAGUGAUGAUCCAGCUGUGCUACCACUCAUAUUCAGUCUUUUUCUCUGCAUGUAUCUGGUUACCAUCCUUGGAAACCUACUCAUCAUCAUGGUUGUGAGUUCUGACUCCCACCUCCAUACUCCCAUGUAUUUUUUUCUCUCUAAUCUUUCAUUUGUUGACAUGUGUUUAAGUUCAACUACCAUCCCGAAGGUUCUGGUGAACAUGCAGGUACAGGAUCAGAGCAUAACUUACGCAGGCUGCCUCACUCAAGUCUGCUUUAUUUUGGAAUUUGCUUCAUUUGAAAACUGUCUCCUCGCUGUGAUGUCCUAUGAUCGAUAUGUGGCCAUUUGUCAUCCUCUGAGAUACACAGUUAUCAUGAACCCCAGCUUCUGUGGUUGGCUAAUUAUAUUGUCCCUGGUAAUUAGCCUUGAAAACACUCUUCUUCUUGGUCUGACAUUAUUGAGAUUGUCCUUCUGCAUAGAUGUGGAAAACCCACUACUCUACUGUGAACUUGCUCAGGUCAUCAAACUUGCCUGUUCAGAUACCCUUAUCAAUAACAUUCUGAUAUAUCUUUCAACAUUCAUAUUUGGUGGUGUUCCAAUCUCUGGAAUAAUUUUCUCUUAUACCAAAAUUGUCUCUUCAGUUAUGAGAAUAUCUUCAGUGAAAGGAAGGUACAAAGCUUUUUCUACCUGUGUCUCUCAUCUGUUAGUUUUGUCAUUGUUUUAUGGUACAGCUCUGGGGGUUUACAUUUGCUCUGCUCUGACUAUUUCAACAAGAAGUACUGCAGUGGUUUCACUGAUGUACACUGUAGUCCCUCAAAUGAUAAACCCCUUUAUCUAUAGUCUUAGGAAUAGGGACAUAAUGGAAGCCCUGAGGAACUUCAUCAGUAACAUCCUUUUCAAACACAUUGUUGGCUUUGGAUUUCAUUGUUUAGAAUAA